AUGGGGGACAUGGCGAACGAUAUCAAGCUCCUUAAGGGCAGCUCCCACGGGGAGCUGUCCCAGAAAGUCGCUCAGCGUCUGAACUACUCCAACCAGGAAACGAGCGUCCGCGACGAGGAUGUCUUCAUCCUGCAGUCGAGCGAGCCCGGCAACGUCAACGACGGCCUGAUGGAGCUUCUGAUCAUGAUCCACGCCUGCAGAACCGCCUCCGCCCGCCGAAUCACCGCCGUCAUUCCUUGCUUCCCCUACGCCAGACAGGACAAGAAGGACAAGAGUCGUGCCCCGAUCAGUGCCAAGUUGGUCGCGAACAUGCUCCAGGUUUCGGGAUGCAACCACGUCAUCACGAUGGACCUCCACGCCUCCCAGAUCCAGGGCUUCUUUAACAUCCCUGUCGACAACCUUUACGCCGAGCCCAGUGUCCUCCAGUGGAUCAAGUCGAACAUGAGCGUCGAGGACGCCGUCAUCGUCAGUCCUGACGCCGGCGGUGCCAAGCGAGCCACUGGUAUUGCCGAUCGCCUUGAGACCGGCUUCGCCCUCAUUCACAAGGAGCGUCCCCGCCCCAAUGUCGUCGGCCGUAUGAUUCUCGUCGGUGACGUCAGGGACAAGAUUGCUAUCCUGGUGGACGACAUGGCCGAUACUUGCGGCACUCUUGCCAAGGCUGCCGAGACUCUCAACAGCGCUGGUGCGCGCGAAGUCAUCGCCAUCGUCACCCACGGCGUCCUCAGUGGCAACGCCGUCGAGACCCUCAACAACAGCUGCCUGUCCCGCAUCGUUGUUACCAACACCGUGCCCCUGGGCGACAAGAUCGAGCGCUGCCCCAAACUGCGCGUCAUCGACAUCAGCCAAGUCCUGGGUGAGGCCAUCCGCCGCACGCACAACGGUGAGUCGGUUAGCUACCUCUUCAACCACGUUCCCGUGUAG